CCCACAGCUAAGCUUCCGCCACCCAACUCUUCCGUCCAUCCAAAAGACGUACGGCACGUGCAAGUUCGAUCGAAGAAGGAAAGCAUCGAAUCAAUGGCGGGCGUGAGCCGGAGCAUGGUGGCGCCGCUGCUGGUGCUGAACCUGGUGAUGUACGUCGUCGUCAUCGGCCUCGCCAGCUGGAACCUCAACCACUUCAUCAACGGCACCACCAACUACGCCGGCGUGGCCGGCAACGGCGCCACCUUCUACUUCCUCCUCUUCGCCAUCCUCGCCGGCGUGGUGGGAGCCGCCUCCAAGCUCGCCGGCGUGCACCACGUCAGGACCUGGCGCGGGGACAGCCUCGCCACCAGCGCCUCCUCCGCGCUCGUGGCCUGGGCCAUCACGGCGCUCGCCUUCGGGCUCGCGUGCAAGGAGAUCCACGUCGGCGGUCACCGCGGCUGGCGCCUCCGGGUGCUCGAGGCCUUCAUCAUCAUACUCGCCUUCACCCAGCUGCUCUACGUCAUGGCGCUCCACGCCGGGCUCUUCGGCAACCAGUUCGGCGACGGGUACGGCGCGGAGCACCAGUACGGCGACCACCAUCACAAGGGCAUGGGCACCGGCGCCCCCGCCGCCAGGGUCUGACCGUCUUUGAGCUUUUACUUUGCUUAAUUUCUUGAUGGGCAAAUGAACAAGAUGUAUGUAUGUAUCAAUGUAUGCGUGCGUGUGUGUGUUGUGUGAGUGAUGUAGCUAGCAUGUAUGCAUACAUAGUGUCUGUGCAUGUGCUGCCGUUGUUUUUUCAUGGACUGUAGGUACAUGUACUAGUUCUGGUCCUGUUUAAUUUCCAUCUAGUAUCUUUUUUUUUGACACAGUACUUCCUGUGCAUGUGCUGCCGUUUGUCUUUGGAAAGACUGUACGUACAUGUACUUCUGGCCC